AACAAGGUGAUAAAACUAAAAUGUAAUGUAUAUUAUUGUUAUAACAUUGUACACAUGACUAAUACCAAAAGAUGGAGCUGUUGGACCAUUGACCAUCUCCAGAGGUGCCAAGUGAAAAGUUCAAAAUUUUACAUUAUGCAAAUUUGACCUGAGACAGCAAAAACAACUCUCAAAGACAAUUGCCUCAACUCCCUUGUUAAAACACAUUUCCCCAUUAUAGCUCAAUCUCCAGAGCUUACCAUAUGUUGGUAUACGAGUUUAUAGUGACCACAACCUCUGCCUUAUUUUGCUGUCACUUUUGUUUGUGCAUUUUAUUUCCAAUUAAUUUUAGACCUACAACAACACUCUUUCACAGAUGGGUUGAAUUAGUGUGUACAACGGAUUGAGAGAGUGGCUCCAAUUAUUUUAGGAGCAGAAGAUACAGAGGAUAAGCUGCUGCCGCUGCUGUUGUGUUUAUGUGUGUAUGCGCCCUCAAGGAGCCCAAAGCAAGAGGGGGCCCUUCAGAGAGGUAUGGUUUUAGAGUAAUAAAUCAAAUGCAUCAACAUGGGGGGCCUGGGAAGCUCCAUACUCCAUGGUCAGGUCACCGGGUGGUUCACAGAGCUUAAAUCUCCCUAAUAGGAUUACCUGUCACAAGCUGCGAUGCCCAGGCGGCACUAUUCACAGCAAUUACUGGAGACACACUAUUCGCAGCUAUGUUUAUCUUUAUUGUUUGCUUUCAUGAGAUUUUUCAAAUCUAGUAGGUUUAAUUUCCCGCAAUCAGACCAUCUAUGGGGUGAUGUGUUAAGUAUUUAAAUGAGUGUAGUGUGAAUUGAGUCUAAUGGGACUGCUGGAUAAACUGACGAGCUGGCUUGGCCUGAGGAAGAAAGAGGUCAACGUCUUAUGUUUGGGACUGGACAACAGCGGCAAAACUACCAUCAUCAACCAACUGAAACCGACGAAUAAUUCGAAUCAUUUAGGCCCAUUGUCACAGGAGUGGAAACAUGUUAGUCAGACCCAGGCACAAGAAAUAGUCCCAACAAUUGGCUUCAACAUUGAAAAGUUCAAGAGUUCAAGCCUGUCCUUUACAGUCUUUGAUAUGUCUGGGCAGAGCAGAUACAGAAACCUAUGGGAGCAUUAUUACAAAGAAAGCCAUGCCAUCAUAUUUGUCAUUGACAGCGGUGACAAACUGAGAAUGGUUGUUGCCAAAGAGGAGUUAGAUACUCUUCUCAAGCAUGAAGAUAUCAGCAGCAAAAAGAUACCAGUGUUGUUCUUUGCUAACAAGAUGGAUCUGCAGGAUGCCAUGUCUACUGUCAAGGUCUCACAGAUGUUGUCUUUGGAGAACAUCAAAGACAAACCCUGGCACAUCUGCGCCAGCAAUGCUAUCAAAGGAGAGGGCCUACAGGAGGGGUUGGACUGGCUACAUGAACAAAUUGCACAAUCAUAUCAAAACAGCGACCACAUGAACGACUGAAGCGCCUGUGACGAUGGACAGAGGGAUGUGAUAACUGGAUCUGAUUCGUCACCUGUGUUCAUCACACUUGAUGUUGUAGGCCUUAAAAUUCUAUGUCAAAUAGCCUAGUCCUUUCAUCGCGUGCUACCGACUUUGUUUCUUUAAAAAAAAAAUCCUGCUAAUAGUAUUAUUUGUAUAUGACUACUCUAUAAAGUGAUUAUUUAAAGCUCCCAGUAAGUUAGCCAUGUGAUACAUCGUUAUGAACACAAAUGUGAAAACACUACAAAGCCCCACAAGUUCUGAAAAAUUAUAUUUUUUUAUCUUGUUUGGACAAGAUAAAAAAAUAUUAUCUAUAUAUAUCUUUUUGAGACUUUGGGGGCUCCAUAACAUGCAGCUCGAACAACCUACUCUAACCUGAAAAUAUCCUUAACACUGCUCUGCGCACAGUAACGUUUAAACAUUUUUAUUUUAACCUGCUUCUUUUUUAUUCCACUGUAUGUCACGUUAUAUUCAUUUUGUGGGGAAAAUUCUGUCAAUGCUGAUUGUUGUAAUACCUGGAAGGUAAUAAAAAGCUUGUUAUUUGCUGAGUGCGUGCUGUGUUUGUGUUUUUGUAAGAGGUCAGCCACAAAAUA